AUGGCUUCACCUGAGGAGCUUGACGACUCCAUCAAGACGGCCUACCAGUCGUACAAGGCCGCGACCAACUACUUCUUGGAAUGGUUGUGGUGCCAUUAUCGACUCGUCGCGCCUGGACACACGAGCAGCCAUACCUUCAAGUCGGGCGCCGAGAUCCUCGUCGCAGUGAAGAUUCUCAGGAAGGCCAAAAUUGCCGCGCCGCCCUCAGUCAUCGCCUCUCUUCAACAGGCCAUCCUCAAAAGACGUGUUGCUCUUGCAAUCUACCAGUCGCGCAGCACCGAUGACGUCGAGCAUGAGAUUUUCCUCCAAAGGCUCGAGAUGUCGCUGCAGAUUCUGAUCCCCAUGAUGGGAGCAUCGGAUUCCCUCAAGCCAGGCAUCACUCCCGAGACGACCUUCAUCGCACCGAACCCCUACUCGUCGAUAUCCAUCCUCGAUGAAGACACAGAGCCCGAAGCUGUCUCGACCAAUGCCUCAGCACCAAAGAGCUCUUCAAAGAAGGAGGCCAUUCCCGAUGGCUCGAUUGUCAGGGGACGCAACACCUACCUGGAAGACGACAAGAUCACUGCGCUCUGCGAAGGCGCGGACUUCAUUCUGGUAAUACCCCACCGCGAUGUUCAUAUUCGCCUCUCAAACUCACUGAAAGCUCAGGAACUUCACGAUAUGCAUCAAGAGCUCCAACAAUGCUGGAAGGAUGCGGCCAAAGGGGAUCUCCCAAUCCCCGUGGCAGCGUGGCUCACCAGUGAUGCUUUCCACAAGAUCCAAGCGACCAUUCCCUCGGACCUUGACGAGACGAUCAACAUACUCGUUGGCGGCAGUCUUUCUGGGAAGCUUUACGGCAAAGGUCGGGACUCCUUUCUCGAGAACCCUAUGUUCCAAGACGCCGACGUCCUCUUCCAUCACCAUCAUGCCAUGAAAACGAUCAUGGAAGAAGGCAUCGACUCUGCAAGAUUCGAUGUACUGGCUAGAAUUUACGAAUCGUCGACAAAAUUCGGGGGCAAGAGUGGCAACGAGACAAUGGACAAAAACGGCAAGCCGAAGCUCCCGCCACAGGAGAAGUGGUCAAUCGGCUUUGUCUCCUGCUAUGUCAUCCGCGAGAUCUUUGCCAGCUUGAAGAAAGACAUGAGUGGGACGCGCGCUAUCACGGGCGUCGAGCAGAUCACGUCGUACCUGAGGCCUCGCAAGGGCUCUUGUGAGCCUUUCUUCGCCGAGGCCUGCGAGUUUCUGAAAGAUGGUCAUCCUAAGCCGCCCAGUACCCUCGUUAUCGGGUUGAGAAUUCUGUUGUCCACAUCUGAGGCAUUUUUCUGGCCCGACAACGGCGCAUUGAACACGACCAACUGUCGUCUAGAGGCACUGCGGCUGGCUCAGCAGAUGAAGGCCAGUGUUGCGCCCGUCAUCGACAGAUUCCGCGAUCUCCCAGUCAACCCGGAUGGAAAAGUCCCAUGGCUUGAGGGGGCCCGUUCCUUCUACGAUGAAAUGAACGCUUACACCCGCGAGAAACGUUUCGAUCUCUAUCACAUGAUGCCUUGGACAGCUGGAUGCCACAUGACGGAGAUGCUUUAUCAGGCCAAGCUGUACGGAAAUUUGCUGAUCCUGCACAAUUCCGUGGUCCCUGGUACCCUCCAUCUCUACAAUACUCUGGUCCAGAGUCGGGUCAAGAUGCACAGAAUUCCGGUCAUGGAUGAGCUCUGCGAGAUGUUCCUCGACAGCAUGUUCCUCGGACGUCUACCCGACGCCAACUUUCUGUCUCACUUUCGCCGCGCAGUCCACGGGUGCAAGAUAUCCAAAGACAAGGGCGUCCAACAUGACGGGAAGCUCAUAUCACGACUGGAGCUGGACCCGAAGCAGGGCCCGCGGCUGCUGUGGGUCGAAUCAGACUUCAAGGAGAGUCAUAUCCGCAAUCAUGGUCCUAUCGGACGAUUGAUAGCACGCAUGCACGGCAUUACGAUUCCUCCCAGGGGCGACAUCAAGCCAGAAGUCCGUAGGCGACUUGACUGCCUCUACUAUUCCACUCCUUGCGCCGAGCACACGAAGAGGGCCAAGGAGGAGAUUGUCAAGGAAUUCAGGGGUCCACGCCCUGUGAUGGCAGUCGACUACUUUGCCAUCUUCAACCUCUGCGCAGAGGUCAUGUGUGAGCUGGUCAGAUUGAGAAAGCCCGACAUGGAGAAGGAGGAGCCCGAUUUCGAUAUGACAGCUUUCAAGAGUGAUUUAUUUCUUUCGAGUAAGUUUGUUGAUGACAGUAUCGAGAUCAUCAUGAAGUUGUGCGCGGACAAGAAUUAUCGUGGGUUAGUGAGCACGGCUGGCAAAGAUUGUAUUCCGGCGCGGGCUUUUUCGAAGCUUGACAAGAAGUUGUCUCUUGAUCAGAUGAAGUGGAAGAUGUAG